AUGAGAACGAUAUUACCCAAGGUCAAUUUUUUCCAUACUACUCUCCCUUCUAACAAAUAUAAAACCAAUCCUUCUCCACCAUGCUCUCAUACAACAAAAAAUGAAAUCGCUUCCGAAAAACCUGUUUCAACAGCAGCACAAUUAGUUUCUGACAAUCAACAACAACCUUCAACUGCAAAUAAUCGCAUCUUCAUAGCUUUCACUUGCAAAGUUUGUUUAAAACGUUCAACAAAAACAAUGUCAAGAAAAGCUUAUUAUUUUGGGGUAGUAAUAGUUCAAUGUUCUCAAUGUCAAAAUCGUCAUUUGAUCGCUGAUCAUAUGGGAUGGUUUCGUGAUAAUAGAAUCACCAUUGAAGACAUAAUGUUGGAACAAGGCGAAAAGGUUAUAAAAUUUGUAGACGCAAGUAGAUCAGAAGUUUUAGAAUGGAAUCCAGAUAUUCUUGAAGAGGAAAAAAAAUUAAAGGAUUCGAAAAAAGCAAAUAAAAGGCAAAGUAAUAAUGAAGAAUAG